UUUUUUUUUUUUUUCUCUUUUUUGGGGGGGCUAAAAUCUUGUUUUCUUUUCUUUUCUUGUUCUUGUUCUUUUUCUGGAUAUGGAAAACCCAGAAACUUAUUUGUAGAAGCAGAAACACAAAACGGAUUUUCCAAGAACAGAAAAUCGAGGGAGAAAAUGGUGGAUUGGGAGUGCAUUCAGAAAUCGCUUCCCGACGAUAUCGCCGUCAAAAUCGCUUCGUCUCUUCAGGUAUCGGAUCUGUGUGCACUGGGAAGUUGUUCUAGGUUUUGGAGAGAGCUUUGCAAGUCCGAUUGCUUGUGGGAGUCUCUCGCUAAAGAAAGAUGGCCUUUUCAAGCUUUACUUGAAGAAAAUCCGUCUUCUUCUUCUUCUUCUUCUAUUGCUACGGAAAUUCCUCUCUUUCAGGGAUGGAGGGAUUUUUACAUAGAGAGGCACAAUGAGAUGGCGAGCAGAGUAAUGGAGGCAGUGGGGUUUGUGGAGCAAUCUUCGCGAUGCGAAUCGCUCGAAGUUGGGGAUUAUUUGAAGGCCAUUGAAGUUUUGGACGCCAUGAAGCUUGGGUUUAAAGAUGUGGAGAUGUUGCUCUUCAAUCCAAAGCUUAAUUCUCUCCCUAAUUUGGUUGGUGUGCAGUACUGCAUUAGUUGGCUAGGAGUGCCGGCCGAGUAUGUAUUGCAAGCACUCCAAUAUCGCAAGAUCUCAGAUAGGCAAGUGUGCAUCAGAUGGUGGAAGCUUGGCAGAUGGUUCUAUGGCUUCCGUAUGCGGGAUGAAUCACAUUCUCACUGUGUCUCUCUGGCGGAUCUUGCAACGGCUAAGGCAGAAGAGGUUCUAGGCGUGCUUUAUCGUGGUGCUGUUCAUGAGGUACUACGUGUUCAGAUCUCCACUGCCGAUCCCUCAAGCGCCUCCUGGUAUAAUCAAAGCACUCAGAUACAGGGUUGAAGAAGUGGGAACAAGUUUAUGCAUGUUUGUACUUGUUUUCUAAUGGUUUUUAUGUACAUUUGUAUGUUGUAUGUAAAUCUAUAUGCUAUGAAUACAUGGUAUGGUAGUGUGUAUAUAUAUGCUAUGAAUAACGAGAAAACCGACUUUGGUAUUGUUUUAGAGAAUUUUGGUUGAAUAAGAACGUAUGGCGUUUCACCCA